CAUCACUUCUUGCAGUCUCCGGUAGAAGUACAUCAAUACUAUCAACAUGAAGACACUGAUUCUGUCCUUGCUGGUGGCUGUGGCUGCGGCUGAGAGACCGUUCCUCUCCUACGACGCCCCUGCACCACACACAUCCUCGCCCGUCCAGCAGAUCCCCAUCAUCCGCGACGAGCGAAUCCAUCCUGCCGCUGACGGCACCUACAGCUUUGACGUGGAGACUGGGGAUGGCAUCGUCAGGCACGAGUCUGGCGGUCCAGGUGGCGUCCAGCAGGGUACUGUGAGUUUCAUCUUCCCAGAUGGCCAAGUCUUCGAUCUCCAGUUCGUCGCUGAUCUUAACGGUUACCAACCUCAGUCGUCCUUCCUGCCCGUCGCCCCUGUAUUCCCUCAUCCUAUCCCCGCCCACGCCCUCGAACAGAUAGAACGUGGUCGACUUGAACUCGAAGCUCGCGCCCGCGAAGAGCAGCGUCAGUCAUCAAGCCAGGGACAAGCUGUACCUGCUCGCCACUAUGGCCAACCUCAGUAGUGUUUUCCUACUGCUCUUCAGCAUGUUUUUAUUACCCUGUUAUCCUACUCCGAUAUGUGUGUGUGUGUGUGUGUGUGUGUGUGUGUGUGUGUGUGUGUGUGUGUGUGUGAUCACCCCGCUCUGUGAACACUAUGUAACGUUUUUCUAUUGAGUGUUAUAUAAGUUAUAAAUAUGUCAAACUUCUGUCGGUAUUUCUAAACAAUUAGGUAUCCUAAUACACCUUUUAAAAAAUGAGAAAUAGAUAAAUAAAAUAAAGAAUAAAAAUAAAAUCAAUAAAAGAAUGAUCUCUUUUCACAUUUGGCUUUGCGUAUCAACGUAUACAAUAUAUGUAACAUACAUAUUUCGGUUUUCGGAUAGGACAUUGGUAGCUGCUAUCACCGAACCAAACUGAUGAGCCAAAUUUAACCACAUUUAAAAUCUUAUCUAUUAAGUAUAUUAGAAACAAACAUUAUAUCGUAACCAUUAAAUUGUUAUAUAUACAAGAUAAUGAAUAUAGAGCAUCUUUCAAUUACUUGUAAUGCAAAAAAAGAAAAAUAAGAGGUACCUGAAGCUA